AUGUCAUCCGAACCUCCGGCUUCAUCUUCAAGCACCCCGGCAGCUGCGCCGAGCUCCUCCACAGCAGCUCCCAAGGAAGUCUUCAACAACCCUGCGCGGACCGGCUUUGAUCCAGAGACGGCAUGGUGGAUGAACUACUUCAAGAUCCUCUCUGGUCAGAUGACCCCCGAAGGCCAAUUCCACUACCGUGAGUGGCGAUACCGCGUCCACGAGGAGCGUGACUGCAAGCGCUGCGAGGACUACCGGGACUGGCUCUUCACCUACUCCCCCGUCGUCCGCUUCAUGUCCGAGAAGAUCCAGGCCCUCAAUGGACGGCUGGACCCUUCCAACGUUGUCUGUCGUCGAUGCCCCGCCCAUCUUGAGGAGGAUGGCCAGGUCCAUCGUCAGUCUGGUGGCUUUAGCCCCAACCAUGGCAUCUUGCUCUGCGCGAACGAAGUGCGAGACCGAAAACACUUGGAGGAUACGCUCGCGCACGAGAUGGUGCACGCUUGGGAUCAUCUGCGGUGGAAGGUGGACUGGACUGGUGACAAGGACUUGAAGCAUGCUGCCUGCACAGAGAUCCGAGCGUCCAUGCUCAGCGGCGAAUGCAGAUGGACACGAGAGGCCUUUACCCGAGGCAACUGGAAGUUGACACAGCAGUUCCAGAACUGUGUGCGCACAAGAGCCAUCCAGUCCGUCAUGGCCAGACCCCGUUGCAAAGACGACGUCCAAGCAACCAAGGUGGUCAACCAAGUCUGGGACUCUUGUUUCUCUGACACACGGCCAUUUGAUGAAGUGUACCGGUGA